AUGAGUGGAGGCCAUUCUCAAGAUCCUAACACCACCGAGUCGAGAAGUACCGUCCCGUCGGGCUCAAUGACACGGUUGGACUGCCCAUCACAAGAGAAUCCACAAGCUUUGACCCAGAAUCAAUCGGAGGAGUGGACCCUAAGCUUUCAUGCUCCCGACCUGCAUGUGCCACCACAAGAUCAUGGCAUCCACUUGAAUGCUGAUUCGGCUGCCUGUGGUGUAAAUGCAGACGCAAAUGGAUGGCACAUUCCAGACGCAGUAGCCUACGACUUAGUUGGACUGUAUUUUGACUACAUCCAAAACUGGCUGCCUAUCUUACAUCGCCCUCUCUUCUAUCAAAGAUAUGUUCGAAAUGAGGGCUGUUGCGCACAAGUUGUGGGCAGAGAGCACGUUUGUGAUGACGAUGCAAUCUUGAUCAACGGCAUAUUUGCGCUGGCCGCCCGGUUCUCAAAAGCCAGCUUCUUCUCUGACACUGACCCCAUCAUGAGAGGUGAUAUCUUCGCCGAGCGAGCCGCAGCUCUCAAAGAUCUUGCCCUCAAGGCCAUAGAAGAACCCUCUCUCGAACUCGUCAAGGGCUGCGUUCUGCUGGCGUUUUACAACAUCUGCGCCGGACAUGCUGCACCGGGAUCGUUGCUAGUAAGCGUUUGUGUCCGAUUUGCUUAUGACCUGGGGCUCAACGAGAUCGACGAAGACGACAAAGUCUUCUCUGGUGCUGAAGGAGAAGAUCAGGAUGCUUGGAUUCGGAGAGAAGAACUCCGCAGAAUUUGGUGGGUCAUUUAUGAACUCGACUGCUUUGUUUCGACACUUUCUUGCCAGCCCUAUGGGAUCGAACGCGGCGAGAUCAGGGUUCUUCUACCUGUGCCUGAUCACGAAUGGUUUAACGGUCUCCCCGUCGGCUCUUCCCAUCUCAUCCAAAGUCCCGGUGCCGUAUGGACGAGUCUUGCAGGCUCAAAGAACCAAAGCCCGCGGGCAUGGUAUCUGGUCGCCAACUACCUCAAGUCUUGCAUUGCCGAUGCCGCUCGUCAGUCCAAGCGGAAUACGUCAGAUCUGCAAGCAGCGCUCGAAAUGGACGUUGCAUGUCUCAAACAUGCCUUGCCCGCUGGUUUUCAACUGCGAGAGAUGAACAUGAACGAAAACAACUUCGGUGGUUCCAAUUGGAUCGUAUCCACCCAUUUUAUGAUUUUAUCCUGCUGCAUGAUCAACCCGUGGGACGCUCUUGCCGCACGCCAUGAGCCCAACGUCCAAUGCUAUGAGAUAUCCAAGUUGCUGCUUGGUCAUUACUCGCGAUAUUGGAAGAUUGGCGGGGCCUUGAUCCGUCUACUUAGCAUCAUUAGCGAAGGCAGGGAUUCGGCAACAUACCAGCCUGGCUCACAUGAACGGACGGUUAUCAAGCGCUUCUCCGUGUUGUGCCCCAGUUCUUCCAAAGGGAGGAACUCAGAAGCGCUGAAACACGAUGCGCAAUUCCCCUACGAAACGUCCGAUGUACCAGCAGAGACACUGUCCGAAUCGAAUCUCACCGGCCAAGGGGACCCAAGCGGCCUUCAAUGGCCAUUGAGCCUUUGGAAUAACCUCCAGGCAUUUGAUUCUGACCAACCAGACAUCGAAUUGCUGAGCAUCCCGUCAGGUAGUCAUGUGGGAGGUGGUGUCAAUGGGCCGAUCGGAUCAUUCUCUGGCGCUCAACUGCGCAUCCCAAACUUCUCUCUCCCUUUCGAUGCCUCUCCUGAUGAGUUUGUCGCUUUAUAA